GAAGAGGUAACGGGAAGUGGCGAUUCAAACUGGAAGGCGGGCCUGAGUGGGUGAGGGAAGCCGUUGUGCUGCCGCGCGAGACGGUUCGGGGACGUAGCAGCAGAGCUCUUUGCUCCCACGCGGCCUUCGGUAAGCGGUGGUGGCUGCGCGCGCGGGGGGAUAUCCGUGAGAAGCGGUUUGUAGAGGCGGGGAGGGAACGCUCCCCUCAAGGAUAAAACAGAAUUGUUCGUGUGGAGACAGCUUUUGAUUCCAAGCUUCAUGUAGGAGAAAAGUUAAAGAAAGGAGAGAACUGAACUGACAUGGCUCACUUGCUCCAUCUACCUGCUUUCACUUCCACAAUUCAGCUCUGCAGAAACAGUGGAGGAAUCUAGGCAGGCUGGCGAGGAGAAGGAAGAAGAGUUUCUUGGCACAAAGAUGGCGACGGCAAUGCUGAACUUGCGGAAUCUUUUUGAUCUGCUUGUGCACCAGGCAGAAAUUCUAAAUGAAGGCAGUGAAUAUCAGUUUAUCCAGCUGGCCAAGAACUUUGAAGAGUUCAGGAAAAAAUGGCAGAAAAUGGAUCAUGAGAUUGCCAGGUACAAAGAUCUUCUGAUGAAAACAGAAACUGAAUGUAGUGCCCUGGAUGUGAAGCUGAAGCAUGCCAGAAAUCAGGUGGAUGUGGAGAUCAAGCGAAGACAGAGAGCUGAAGCAGACUGUGAGAAGCUGGAGCGACAGAUCCAGCUGAUCAGAGAGCUGCUCAUGUGUGAUUCAUCAGGCAGUAUUCAACUGAGUGAAGAACAGAAAUCAGCACUUGCCUUCUUAAACAGGCCGCAAACAUCCAUUGGUGGAAACAAAAGGUUGUCAACAAUAGAUGAAUCUGGUUCCAUUUUAUCUGACAUCAGCUUUGACAAGACCGAUGAAUCACUGGAUUGGGAUUCCACAGUAGUAAAGACUGUCAGACUGAAGAAAAGAGAGAAAAGGCGUUCAUCCAGGCAGUUUAUAGAAGGCCCACCUGGCCCUUUAAAGAAAACCCGUUCCAUCGGCUCUACAGUAGAACAAGGAAACGAAUCAAUAAUUGCAAAAACAACCCUCACGGUACCUAAUGAUGGAGGUCCAAUUGAAGCUAUCUCCACUAUUGAGACUAUACCUUGCUAUGUCGGAAGCCGUAGGAAGACUGCCAUUCUACAGCCCUGGAGCAGUGACUCAAGCCUGGGAAGCAAGAAGCUGGAAAUCAAAUCUGAAACGGAUGGAUCAAGUACUCCUGGGAACACUGGGAUGAGACUACAUGAAUUUGUAUCAAAAACGGUUAUCAAACCAGAAUCUUGUGUUCCAUGUGGCAAACGAAUAAAGUUUGGGAAACUAUCUCUGAAGUGCAGAGACUGUCGAGUAGUGACUCACCCAGAAUGCCGGGACCGCUGCCCCCUGCCCUGCAUCCCUACUUUAACAGGGACUCCUGUCAGAAUUGGAGAGGGUGCCCUUAUGGAUUUUGUGUCUCUGACUCCUCCAAUGAUCCCCUCCAUUGUAGUUCACUGUGUGAAUGAAAUUGAGCAGCGGGGACUACAUGAGACAGGCCUCUACCGAAUCUCUGGUUGUGACCGCACAGUGAAAGAAUUGAAGGAGAAGUUCCUUCGAGGGAAAACUGUACCCUUGCUUAGCAAGGUGGAAGAUAUCCAUGCCAUAUGUGGCCUCCUUAAAGACUUCCUCCGCAAUCUUAAAGAGCCCCUUCUUACCUUUCGUCUCAAUAAGACAUUUAUGGAGGCAGCAGAAAUCAUAGAUGAAGACAACAGUGUGGCAGCAAUCUAUCAAGCAGUCGGGGAGCUUCCCCAGGCUAACAGGGACACUCUAGCUUUCCUCAUGAUACACCUCCAAAGAGUCGCUCAAAGUCCAGACACUAAAAUGGACAUUACUAACCUGUCCAAAGUCUUUGGGCCCACAAUUGUCGGUCAUGCUGUGCCAGAUCCUGAUCCUAUGACACUACUCCAAGACACAAAGAGACAGCCCAAGGUUGUAGAGAGGCUGAUCUGCCUGCCAGUGGAAUAUUGGAGCCAGUUCAUGAUGGUGGAACAGGAAAAUGUUGAGCCAGUACAUAUCAUUGAAAAUGCCAAUGCCUACUCCACUCCCUGCACACCAGACGCUAAAGUGAGCAUGUUGGGACCACUCACCACUCCAGAGCAGCAACUGGCAAAGACACCUUCAAGCAGUUCACUGUCACAGAAGGUCAGGUCUACAUUCAGUAAGACCACACCCAAAUUUGCAAGCAAAAGCAAGUCUGUAACCAGUCUUGGACGCCAGGGCAACUUUUUUGCCUCUCCAAUGCUGAAGUGAAACAUGGUUAAGUUCUGAACAUCUUUUUGCAGUCUGACUAUGAACAACUACAAUAAAACCCCAAGUUGCUUUUUCAGUUAUCCCAGCAGCCUUGUCUAUGAAGAACUAUAUGCUUCCAUUUUUACUUAUUUGAAUUGUUUUGUGUAAUGUAAAGUAUCUAUCUAGUGCUAUAAUCACAUUUAUUAUGGGGGUGUAACUGGCAGAACCCACUCAGCAGGUUCAUACAGAAACUGCAAGAAGUUCUGGAAAUGUUUUCUGUAGCUGGUUCCAUUUGUUGAAAGCACCCCAUUAUUGUUUCAUUUGUGGGUUGUGGUUGGAAAGGACAGGAUUCAUUUUUCACCAGCAGUAAUCCUCCACAUUCCAAAGAACAGCUAUAAUCCUUGGGGGAACAAGUACUAUUCCAUUGUACAGAAAAACCGUGUGUAUUGAAACUACACUUGCACUCCUUUGGUUAGUCUAUUUUAGUGAAACUGAUGACUUUUUUUUUAAAGUGAGUACACUUGGAACAGUCAUGUGAGAAAUUGAAACUCAGUGUUGCAUAGUGUUCACAGAUAUUGCUGUACAACUGAGGUUCCCCCUUACGGACCACAGGAGAACACAGUAAAUAUACUGAAUUGACUAUCUUAUACCAUUUUCAACCCCAAUAUACAGGAAUUUAGCUUGGUUUAUUUUAACUAUAGACUGCUGCUAAAAAUGUGUUUAGUAUUAGAGGAGAUCUUAAAUGUCGUCGCCAUAGCAAUCUCAUCUUACCCUUGUAUUUACACCACCUAUAAAGUCAUCUUUUCAUGGUGGGGGUUUUCAUGGGGCCUUCAGUGGACAGAAAUUGAAUGUGCUUUAUUUGAGAUGCAAUGGGCUUGACUCAUCUUGCCCUGGUUCCUCCCAUAAAGAGUUCCAUCUUACCAAUAUCUAUAAAAACAGCUCUGUUGAUUUUGCAAGAGUAUCUGUGGUGUGACUUGACAGAAAAGUAAAUUUUAUCUUAAAGUUA